CCAGCAAAGGUUUGGUGCUGAUUUUGCGGCACCGGCGCCUUUUUUUUUCUGUGGAAAAACGUGGCACUGGUUCCACAUUGGGGCUCGGCACCGGAACAGCACCGGCACCUUUGCAGUGGAAAAGGGGUAACAGACAUGCGGCAGCUGCACCUAGGGCAUUGCUUGGGAUCCCACACAUGCAACGGCGAGUUCUGUUUAAGGGCAACUUAAGAAUGUGGCACUUUUCUUUCUCGUUUAUAUACCGAUGGUACCGGAAGGGAAGUUUCUGGACGGAAGUUUAUAAAGUGUCACUCCUCCUUCCGGGGGCAAGUUUCAGAGCGGACGUGCAUUUAACGUCAUUUCCUUUUUUAGUCGGUCAGUAGUCUGUCAGUGGGCUGGUGUGGAGUGUUUUUAGGCGGAGGCUAGCGGAUAUGUGUCUGUGCGAGAAACGGACAAUUUUUAUAUUUCAGGGACUUUGGGUUAGCCGAGGGUUGGUAUGGCUUUUACCUUUAUUUAAUUUAAGUGUAAAGUGGGGAAAGUAACCACUGUUUUCUUUUGUUGUGGACACUAUCAGCUGUACCGUAUCUGUACCCUGGACGCUUGGAGCAGCUUGGUGUUUUCAUGGCACGCCUUUCCAUAGCAUCUUAACGAACCGGCUUUCCACAUAACCGAGUGGACAGUUCGCCCUGAAAAGUACCGAUGGUGGUGUGAGCCUUCCUAAGUUCCUACAGCCGGGGACUGUGCGCCGGCUGCUGGUCUGAGUCGCUGCCCGGUCUGUCAUUCGGCAUUACGGAGAUGGACCACGCCCAGAGAGAAAGGCUGUCGGCGCUUGUGGAGGAGCUCACCACGUCCGGCCAGCCGCAGCUCGACCAGUCCAAGAUGAAGGAUGUGAAGAAGAUCUGCAAGGCUUCUAGCGACUAUGUGGAACACUUCUAUAACCUGCUGAUGAGCCGUCUGGCGGAGGAGCACGCUGAAGUGCGCCUCUCCGCCCUGCAGAUGGCCGGCGAGCUCUUCUCCCGCUCCCACCACUUCCGCACCCUUUUGGUCUCCAGCCUGCAGGAGUUCCUGGAGCUGACAGUGGAGACGGACCCCGAGCAGCCACUGCCCCCGCCCAAGGAGGCGGCACGGCGCCUUAAGACGCUGGCCAUCCGCACGGUGCAGGACUGGCAGGCCGCCUACGGGCAGGCCUACAAGAAGCUUGCCCUGGGAUAUCACUUCCUGAAGCAGGUGAAGAAGGUGGACUUCCAGGACGUCCAGGCCAGGACACUGGCAGAGAGGAAGCGACAGGAGGAGAAACAGAAAAGGCUGGAGAGGAUUUAUAAAGACAAAGUGACCAAGGCCACCACGGAAAUGGAAGAGACCUCGGCUGAGAUACAGGAGUGCCUGACUGAGAUGGACAGCUGCCUCAAGCUCCUCAUGCCUCACCCCCUGGAAUUUAGCCUUAGCGACCUGGAAGCCACACCCACUGCCCCCAUGCAUUGUGGGAAAUCCGCUUCCCCUGCCGCCGAUGACGAGCAGCCGUGCUGCAGCAAAGACCUGAAUGACAGAGGAGAAAGGGUGGAGGAAGAGGGGAGCAGUGAGGAGGGGUCUGACGCGGAGGACAUCCCAGACGAGGACAUGUUCAUUCGGCAGACUGGCCUGAUGUCACACAAAUACAGCCUCAGCUUGAACCUCUCCACAGCAGACAUGAGCUUGAAGGAGACGGAGGAGAAUGAGGCUGUGGUGAACACAGUCAGGGACCUGAACAGAGUCAUCAGCACCAAGCACCUGCCCGCCGUGCGAUCCUGGGUGCAGGUGUUCACCAAGGCCGGGGUAGAUCAGCAGCUGCUGAGCAGGGCCAUCACGUGUAAGAGUGCCCUGGAGGAGGCGCUGCAGAGACACGAAGAGCUGCACAUCCACUACAAGAAGAGAGAGCGCAGAGUGAUGAGAGCGGGUGCAGACGGAGAGGAGGACGAGGAGGACGACGAUUUUGUGGAGGUCCCCGAGAAGGAGGGCUUUGAGCCGCACAUUCCAGACCACCUGCGUGCGGAGUACGGUCUGGAUCCAGUUACCUCAUUGUUUGUGGCUCCAGCAAAGCCUGCCCCGGGAUCAGUGACCCAGCCCACCCCACAACCAAAGAGGAGAGCCACUGAGGACGAGCUGGACCCCACCUGUGCAGCCGCCACGCUGCGGAUGCUCAAACAGCGCCUCCUCUCUGACCAGGCUGCCGGCCCCAGCAGCUCCCAGGGUGCCAGUGAAGGGGCGGAGACCACAAGUGAGGCCGCAAAGCAGGACGCGGACAGGGAGCGCGCCCCCGUUGUCCCGUUUGACGUGGACCUCUAUUACUGGGGACAGGAGCAGCCCACUGCCGGCAAAAUAUUCAAGAACAUCUCCCAGCACCAGUUCUGGAUUCCCCACGAGAUUCAGGAGGAGGUGGAGAACAAAGAGCUUUCGGCCCAGAUGAAGUCCCGGUUCAUCACCUUCGCAGGCAGCUUCCAGCCCGUCUCGCAUAAGUGCCGGACGCCCAUGCCCAGUGGGAGCCUGUGCGAGAGGCAGGACCGCGUGAAGUGUCCUUUUCACGGGGUGAUUGUUCCUCGGGACGAGCUGGGGAGGCCUGUCAAUCCGGCGGACGCGGCCCGUCUGGAAGAGGAGAGGAUGAAGCGUGUGGAGGAGCAGCCAGACUGGCGAGACCGGGAGCUGAUGCGAGAGAUUGAGGCUGCCACAGGAGAGGAUCUGGGCUCCUCCAGGUUCUACGGGAAGGGCAAGAAAGGGUCCAAGGGCAAAGGCAAGAAGAGGAAGUACCCCAACCUGACAGACCUGAAGCAGAGCGCAAACACGUCUCGCUCCAGGCUUGAGAGAAAGGUCUUCAACAAGAGCUCCAUGAGACGAGUCACAGAAGCCAUGAAUCGAAUGGACCAAAGGAAGCACGAAAAGUUUGCCAACCAGUUCAACUAUGCCUUGAAUUAAGCUUCAGUUCAACUACGCCUUGAAUUAAGCUUCAGUUCAACUACGCCUUGAAUUAAGCUUCAGUUCAACUACGCCUUGAAUUAAGCUUCAGUUCAACUACGCCUUGAAUUAAGCUUCAGCCGUGUUGGUCUUCAAACGGACAGGAUUUAUAAAUGAACUCGGUUGAUGCUGCACGUCUAAGUUGUAGCAAAUAUCGAAGUCGAUAAUUUGAAUCAUUAUCCUUACCUGCAGUAAUAGACGUUUUAUAUGAAUUAAUGACACAUCUUUGAUUAUCAUGUAUUUUCCUGUGUUAGGUUCUUGAUUUAAAUGUGAAAUGUUUUGACCUUUUCUGAUUUUUGUGAUGGAUAAAGAGAUUUUGUAACAUU